AUGUCUCCAUCAGACCUCCAAUCCAAGGAGCAUCGCGACUUGCUCGAUAUCAUCGACCAGCUCCGGUCUCAAGGCAUUAAUCGCUAUGUGGAUCUUCCUGAGAUCAUAGUCUGCGGCGACCAGUCCGCUGGGAAGAGCUCUGUCCUUGAAGCCAUCUCGGGCAUGUCAUUCCCGACCAAGGACCGACUCUGUACUCGGUUUGCCACGGAGCUCAUCCUGCGCCGUGACACCGACACCAGUGUGAAGAUAUCCAUCUCGCCUGGGCCAGAUCGCCAUCCAGAAGAUAGGGAUCAUCUAUCUAGCUGGCAGCCUGAGGCUGAUAUCGAAGUUGACGGACUGAGGGUCGUCAUCGAGGAGGCCAAGGCGAGAAUGGGCCUUCAAGGGACCAAGGUCUUCAGCAGCGAUAUCCUUCGCAUCGAACUCUGUGGGCCGACGCAGCCGCAUCUCACCAUGGUUGACCUGCCUGGUCUGUUUCGGUCAGGCAACAAGGAGCAAUCUGAGGACAAUGUCGCGUUAGUGAAGGCGCUGGUCACUAGGUACAUGAGUCGGCCGCGAAGCAUCAUCUUAGCUGUGGUCUCUGCCAAAACCGAAUAUGUUCUGCAAGAAGUUACCGCGCUGGCAAGGAGUGCCGAUCCUCAAGGCGUUCGCACUAUCGGUCUCAUCACCAAGCCAGACACUCUGGACAAUGGAUCCGAGAGUCAACGUUCUUGGGUAAAUCUUGCCCUCAACAAGGACGUGGAGUUGAAUUUGGGAUGGCAUGUGCUAAAGAACCGCAAUUAUGAAGAAAGAGAUUACUCUUCAUUGCAGCGUGAUAUUUCCGAGGAUGAGUUCUUCAGCACAGGAAUAUGGACUUCCAUUGAUCCCAAACACUACGGGGUCAAGAGCCUGAAAUCCCGACUCAGUUCAGUGCUCAAGGACCAGAUCUUGCAGCAAUUGCCAGGCUUGAUCAAGGAUGUCGACCACGGCAUUGAUGACUGCAACGUGAAGCUGUCCAGACUCGGGGCCGGUCGGAAAUCUUCCCGAGAGCAAUUGAAGUACCUGUCUCAGCUGAGCCAUCAGUUCACCUCCCUGAUGACCUCUGCCGUCAGCGGAACAUACGCCGACACCUUUUUCGGUAGCAAGAAUGACCUGAAUGAGCAACGAAAGAGACUUCGAUCUGUCGUGCAGAACCGGCUGGAACUGUUCGCUCAAGAUAUGCGGUUGACUGGCGAAAGCCAGCUCAUCGUCGAUGAUAAUGAAGCAUGCUAUGACGACAGGCAAAUCACACGGUCUCAGUACGUCGACGACGUCAGGAUGCGAAUGAUGAAAAGCAGAGGGUCUGAGCUUCCGGGACUCUUCAAUCCUGCUAUCGUGAGCGAUCUGUUUGCGGAGCAAUGUCAGCCCUGGAAGGGAAUCGUUUCCAGUCUGACAGAAGACAUUGUUGAUGCUGUGUAUCGAACUACACGGUCAAUAGUCGAGCAUAUUGCAGCCAAUGAGGUUAUACGGGAAAUACUUAUCUUACUGAACUCCGAGAUUGACCAACUGAAGGUCAGCAUGAACGAUAAAGUGAGAGAGUUGCUUCAAGCCCAGUUUGCUUUGCAUUCCAUCACCUACAACCCGCAGCUCAGCGAAAAUGUUCAGAAGGUUCAGUGGGCCCGGAAGAAGCGACAGCUGGAAAAGAGAAUCCAGGAAAAGUUUGGGUUCAAAUCGGCUGAUGAACCGGGGGAGAAACUCAUCAUUGAUGCGCCCCAGAUGGUAGAGCUGUUUCUGGACGAAACUGAGCUGGACAUGAUUCGCUUUGGUAGCUCAAUGGCUGUUGACUACAUGCAAGCUUAUUAUCAGCUUGCGAGAGACAGAUUCAUUGAUGACAUCAGUGUCAUGGCUGUUGAGCGUUGUCUCAUGAGCAAACUGCCGGGCAUUUUGACACCAAUCAAGGCGGUCGAACUUGAAGACGACGAGCUUCUGCGCCUUGUUGGCGAAAGCGAGGAGAGCAUAGAUGAACGGUUGAGACUGACCGAGAAGCUGGAGAUAUUGCGAAACGGGCUUCGGGACAUUAAUCGGCUGUACACCGACAGAGGUGAUGAGGCUCCCGAGGUUCAGGCGGUUCAAAGCACUCCUGCAUCUACCAUCAUACAGGUUCAAAGGAGCGCAAGUGUUCCAUCAGAACUCGGAAAAGAUGAAGAGGAAGUUCAUUCCCCGCCACCCUCUUCAGCCGGAUCUUCGCGAGGGGAGUUUGUUGGGUAA